GAGCGGGCUGGCUGUUCCAGCGGCUGGGAGUCGGAGUGAUAAGUGCUAUUUCGAUUUGGUGGCACUCCGCUGAGGGAACUGCUUGAGCUUCGGGAGAUGCCGUAGUCACGGUGGCUCUGUGGUGAAAGUUUUCCCUAAAGUGUCCCGGGGGCAACGAGGGAGAGGGUAGAGCUGGCGUCUGCUCAAAGGCACGGCGUUACCUCCAGUUGGUGGCCGUAAUGCAACUUUAAGUCGGACUGCCAACCACCAUAAAAAGGAAGAAGAAAAGAAGAAGUCGUCUCAGAAAAGGGUCGCUGCCAAGUUUCCCUGUGUGUUACAUACUGAACGUAAAAUAAGAGCACAUUCUCGGUAGAUGACUUGCUAUCAAAACAAACAACUACAUGUUUGUUUCUCAUCUCUUCGUCUUUUGUGUGUUAUUCACAGCCACUUGGCUUCCCAGUACCACAAGCAUUACAAUUGACAACUAGGCGCAGCCACAUGGUGACAUAUAAAUUGCAAUAAUAUGGAUGGGGCUUUAAAUAUUGAGCACACUUACAGGCUAUAAUAGAACACCAGACUUUGUCCCUUAUUUUACUGUAGGCUAUACAAAAGUAAUAUCAGCAGAAUAGGAAAAGAUCUCGAAAAAUUUGAUGGGACAAAACAUAAGAAACAAAGGACCCAACAGAUGGAACUGGAGAAAAAACAAAAUCUUGUUUCAACUGAAUCUACCCACUUGAUCUGAGAAAUUAGAGGUCACUCACAAUUUGUAGAAAAUGCCUUCUCAACGUGCCACUGUCAGCAAUGCUGAAUGCAAGGUUGUGCCUCAUACCAGGGUUGAUAAUGAAUUUGCUAUUCGGCAAAUAUACAGUUUUGGUCAAAGGUUAGGACAAGGAAGCUAUGGUGUGGUGAUUGAGGCGACGCAUAAUAGGAGUGGCAAAAAAUGGGCAAUCAAGAAGGUGAACCGGGAAAAGGCUGGAAGUUCAGCAGUGAAGCUACUGGAACGAGAAGUCAGCAUUUUAAAGCAAGUGAACCAUGAACAUAUAAUUCAUUUGGAAGAGGUGUUUGAAACACCCAAACGAAUGUACCUGGUGACGGAAGUCUGUGAGGGUGGAGAACUAAGUGCAAUACUUCAUAGAAAAAAGCGCUUAAAUGAAAAUGAGACAAGACAUGUGAUCCGUAGCCUAGCAAGUGCAAUUGCUUACUUACAUAAAAAUGAUAUUGUCCAUCGGGAUUUAAAGCUAGAAAAUAUCUUGGUGAAAAACAUUGAAAACAGCAGUGAACCUGACAUGAAGUUAAACAUCAAGGUGACUGAUUUUGGACUUUCUGUGCAAAAAGGGGGUGUUGGCAGUGACAAAAUGUUGCAGGCAACCUGUGGAACACCUAUGUACAUGGCUCCAGAAGUUCUUAGUGCCCAUCAGUAUACCCAACAAUGUGACACAUGGAGCAUAGGAGUCAUUAUGUAUACUUUACUUUCUGGAGUUCCUCCAUUUGUGGCAAGUUCAGAAGAGAAGCUUGCUGAAUUGAUAAACAGGGCAGAGCUUCGCUUAGACAGUUCAGUUUUACAUGAAAUUAGUGAUGGUGCAAAGGAUGUGCUUUCACGUCUUCUAAAAGUAGAUCCUGCUCAUAGAAUCACAGCCAAUGAACUUCUUGACAACCCAUGGGUCACGGGUGAUACUACAGCCAUACAAAGGCCACCCAAUGUACUUGAAAUGAUGAAACAAUGGAAAGAUGAUCUAGAUGGAGAUGAAGAAGGAGGAUCAAACGCAGAUAGUUCUGUACCAAGCAGUGUUUGCCAAAAUAGUCGGACUAGCCAAGAAGAUGGAGAGAAUCCUACCAGCAGCAAUGAUAUCUCUGAUAGAUCCAGAGAAAUUGAUUCUGGCAUUAAACAAUCCCACACUCCAGCUAAGCAGAGCUUUAAGAAGGAUAUCUUUACCGCCUUUCCUGGCGAUGGGCCACUUACUGUGAAGAAAACAAACAAGUUCUGCAACGAUCCUCCUGGGAGCAGCAAGAUUUCUCCAAAAUUAAGCAUGAAACGAUCACCAAUGCAAGAUAAACGAGCAUGGUCACCCACACAUCUGAUCCCAUCAGUCAGGUCUGGUUCUAUCUCUGGUAAGCCAGAGCUACGCAGAUCCAUAACCCCAACCAGUAAUGGCUCUGGAUAUAAACAUACAAUUAAAUCUUCUUUCAAAAACAAAAAGAGCACAUAGAAUAAAGAAUUUAAACAUCAAAACUACUAAACUUCAAAAUGAUGUUAAUUGCAAAUACUUCAGGAAGGAACGAUGGAUUACAAAAUACAGAAUGAAUUUGGCUUUUUCUGUUCUGCUGACCGCUAUGAAUGGUGUUGGGCAUAGCAUUUGCUUUGUAUGUUUCACACGAUUUUAUAAAAAUUCCAAAAAAAAAGAUUGAAACCAGGAAACUGUUCACUGUCUAACUUUCUUUAGGUGUAUAGUGAUUUCUUUGGGUAUAGCCUAUAGCUGGAAACUCAUAAUUUAUCUUGUUUAAAGAGACGUCAGUAUUGUUAAAAUCAGAAAUAGUUUAUUUAAAAUAUUUGUCUUUAUUCUGUCAAGUAGAGUCACUGUUACUGUUUAUUUAUUUUGUUGUUACCUGCAGAAAAUCUAAAGGAGCUAAUGUUGCCAGAAGAAUUAGAGAAUAUUUUUCUGUAUAGUUAGUUGACUAUGCAUGAAGAAGUGUUUUUCUGGUCAAUUAUUUAGCAUGCCCUACAUUCACUUCAAAUAUUCAACCAUUUUUAAUCUUGGUUGAAUUAAUUGCAGUGUUAUUUAUCAGAAAUGUAAGUUGAGAAUUUGAUCCCAACUUAUUCAAAGAAGGAUAGAAAUGUAAUAUAUGUUAGAUAAAGCAGUCUUUUAUUUUCUCGUAUUAAUGUAAAGACAUACUUUUUGUGGGUAAAUUUAAUGCAAAUGAAUAUAUUUGUUCCUGAGCUGUACAAAGUACAAAUUCUGUUUAAUGAAUAUGAUAUGCAUUGUAGCAUGACAUCAUGCACCAUGAAUCCUGAGAUGUGUUAAUUUGUGCAAGUCCAUCCAGCUAUCUGGAGAAGGGUAAUGAUGCUUGAUCUUGACUAAUGUUUUGAUGGCAUAUCCAGGGCUUUUAAAAGCAAAUGAGAAAAUAGAUAAUACAAAAGAUGUGAUUUUUCUUCUGUAAUGUGAUUCCAGUUAUUUUAUAUGAGCUGGUUUAACUUUUAAUCUUUUCUUUUUAAAGUAUUCAUAUUAGAAACUUUUCCCCCAAGGUAAUACUGUACCAGUUAUAACUUUUACAUUAAGCAUAAGCAUUUCCUACAUUAUAUUAACACUUAGCUAAUAUUUCAUCACAACCCUGUAAUAAAAGUGUCCAGCUCAGGUGUAUCAUAAAAAUGUUAACAAUAAAAUAAAUUGUCUUUCUAUAACCUA